AUGCUUACAUUGGAGGAAGCCGGCUUGGCAAAGAAGGCAGCUUCGGCGUCGGCUUCGGCAAUGGUGGUCAGUGCACCUCGUGAUGCUAAUUCGGGUCAGUCUCGAGGCAAGAAUAAAAACCAGAAAAAAUCUGGUGGGGGCCGGAAUUCCAGCACCGGCGGGGGUAGUGGUCAGAACACCGGUGGACAGCAGCCCAGUCGCGGUGGUGGUCCGCAACAGCAGCAGCCGGCCUGGGCUGCAACUCCACCAUGGCAGCACGCCUAUCAGCCAUACCAACCUUGGGGUUGGGCUCCUUGGGCUGCACCUCCCUGCCCAUAUCCCACCCAAGGUUGGGCUAAGCAGCAGCAAGGCCCAAUGCGUCAGCAGCAAGGGGUCUUAGGCCCACGCCCACAACAAGUGUACAUGGCUAAUCCGCAACAGCAGUCCAUGCCUUAUGCCCCGACGGAUAUUGAAUCGGCAAUGCACACUAUGACGUUGAGCCAACCCGAUCCCUCUUGGUACAUGGACACCGGUGCAACUUCGCACAUGACAUCCUCCAACGGUAAUCUCUCGUCUUAUUUUAAUUUGAGCAAUCAUUAUAAUGGUAUUAUUGUUGGUAGUGGUCAUACAAUUCCAAUUCAUGGUUGUGGUCAUACUACAUUGCCUUCCCCAAACCCGCCUUUGUCCCUUACUAAUGUUCUUCAUGCUCCUAAGAUAAUUAAAAAAUUUAAUUUCUGUUAG